UUGCACUGGGGUCUGUCCCAAAUUCCUCCGCCCGUGCGCACAAUAUCGUUCCAGGGUUGUUGUUUUUUUUAAAUCUCAAGGAUAGAGCAAAACAAUCUGUAAUAGGGGGUCUUUGUAGUACUCGUGUGUAGAUGUCUGCCCCCACUGGAAUCCGUUUUCACAGCGAGUACAUCUAGUCGUCAAAAACGAAAAGUAAAAAGUUCAUCCGACUGAGCCCCAAGUCGAAGAAGAAGCACUCCAAGUCCAAGGAGAGUAAAACGAUGCGAGAGAUGGAGGGGCAGGCAGAGUGCAGACCACGUCUCAACCAACACCUCUCCAACGGAUUUAACGAGAUAGACAGGCAUGAACUCCAGCAAGCAUUCGAACUGUUCGACAAGAAUCAGGAUGGCAAGAUAUCAUCUGAGGAGUUGGGCUGUGUUCUGCGGACACUGGGCUACGACUACUCGCAGACGGAAGUGGAAGAGAUGAUCAAGAAUGCAGACACGAACGAGAAUGGUUUUGUGGAGUAUGACGAGUUUAUCUCCCUAAUGACGCGGUGGUCUACGAACCAAGGCCCGAACCCGGAGCAGGAGGACAAGUUCAUGGAGACAUUCAAGGUCUUCGACAUGGACGGAAACGGGUAUAUCGAUAAGCACGAGCUGAGAUACGUCAUGCGCCGACUCGGCGAAAACCUGUCGGAGGAAGACACGAAAGCCAUGUUCCAGUUAGCUGAUUUAAAUGGCGACGGCUUGAUAGAUUUUGAUGAGUUCUGCAAGUUAAUGGGAGGCCUCAACUCGUUUCCCCGCCAGCAGGAAAGCACGUCAUCGAUGGGGGAGUCAUCCAAAAGUUCAGGGUCUGAAGCCAGCAAGAACUGACAAGACGUCGAACCACCUCUGACCCCCAUCCCACCCACUCCACACUUCCCCUGAUUCAACAUCCCAGAGAAGGAGUCGUCCUACGUCAUACCUGCGCUAGACAAUAACUGAGAUAUUGGAUCUUAUCCAUGGGUCAAAGGUCACUCAUUUCAGAGGUCAGAGGACAAUGUAAAGGCUGUUUUUCGUGCACCUCCUUCACGAUUUUUCACAUUCCAUAUUGUAUUUAGGAUCUAUGUCUACACCUGGCACAAACAUUUUCACAUUGUAUAAAAAAAAAACCCACUAAAUAUCAUCACCUUUAAAACUAUAUAUCUCUAGAUAAUUGGGUUUUGUUAUUUGAAUGAUAUUCCAGAUGAAUGCCCUCUUUGUAUUUUUAUCAUAUUUUAUUAGGUUUGUUUUAAUGUUUAUGGAGUGAUGCGAUUGGCUAACUGACAUAAACAAUGUGCAGAGCAAGGAGUUGUCUUUUUCGCACAUUGAUAGAUCCGUGGAUGUGAUUGGCUAACAGACAAGGUGUAUUCGUUUUCAAAUAUUUAUGGAAAGCUGUGAUUGGCUGGUCGACGUGAACACUAUGCGGAGCAAUCAGUUGCCAUUGUUUCGUAUUUUGAUACGACUUGUGAGUGUAUAUAGCGUGUUGUUUUGUACUUACAGCAAAACAUAUUCCCACCAAUGAAAUAUCGUGUGUGCAUCUUGUGAUUUGUAGCCGUGAGAUUCAGACAUGUCCACAGUUUCGGAUUCCUGGAUACUUUUAGAGAUUUCAGGAUGUUGAAUGGCGUCUGAGCGUUGUGAUACUGAUACGAAUUUUACGAAAUGCAGUCAGUGAUUAAUUAAUACCAACGAAACUAUGGAGCCAAUACUUCAAACAGAAUUAUAGUCUGUUAUACAAGGCGUUUUAGUUUCAUAUCUAAGAGGAUUUAGUUUCGUAUCUAAUAGGAUUUAGCUUCGUGUUUCAGACAGUUAUGGAAACUAAAACAUUAUCGUGGAUUGAUCGACGCUGCGUGUUUGUUACAAUGAAUUAAAAAUGAAUAAUUUAGCAAAAUAAUGUUUUCUGGAGAUGUUUCUCGAAUAACGAUUUUUAGUUCAAAUGGUUGUUAACAAGCAGCUGAUGGAUACGGAAUAUCGAAUGAUGGUUUCAUUUGAUAGGCGAAAUUUACAACGAUGUUUUGGGGUUUCUUUUUAUUGUUUUUUGUUUGUUGUUGUUUUGAGGGGGGUUGGGGGUUUUCUUUAAAAAGUAUAUAUUUAGUGUUAUAAUUUGUUUGUGUUAUUAUUUUGACCUGAUUUUAAACAAGUAAAUGAUAAACGUUUAAAUUUUUUUACACCACUUUGUAAGUUCAUAUGUGCGGAUUGUUUUACAGAACAUGGUUAUUUCUUUUUAGUUAAAAGACAGCCUUCCUAUGUUAAAAUGUCUUCAAUAUACAAGUUGGUAGGCACCGAAAUGUGAGUGAAGUGUCUCUACAUACUCCCCCCUCCCCCUCCCCCUCCCCCACCGCAACUUGUGCAACACAAAAUUUAACUUUUAUUCCAUUUAGAGAGGAAACUCUAAAAAAACAAAUUCCAUUAGUAACAAGGGAUCUUUUAU